AUGUAUGCGAUGGAGGGCAAGCGGAAGAUUGCACUCAUAUUCAGUAAUGUUGAAUUUCGCUAUAAUCGUCUUCCUUCAAGAAAGGGAGGCAAGAAAGAUGCAGAAGAUUUAAGGACAGCAUUACAAAAGCUAAAAUUCGAUGUGACACUGCUCGAAAAUCCUUCUUACAAGAAGAUACAUGAUGAACUCCUAACACUUUCCAAAGAGGACCAUGAAGACCUAGGCUGUCUUAUAGUAGUGGCAAUGACGCAUGGAGAUGCAGAUCAGCUGGAAGCGUUUGACAAAACGUACUCAACACACGCACUAUGGAACUUCUUUGUGGAUGACUGCCCUUCGCUAAACGAAAAUCAAGCAGGAGAUAUAAUAGGAUCUAAAACUGAUAGCGUUAAAAUGGGGCCACCUAAUCAAAUGACUGGAAGCGUCUUCAGGCCAUUGAAAGCGAUUCCCACAACUCCUGACCUAUUGGUGAUGUACGCAAGUAUUGACGGAUUUGUAUCUUGGCGUAAUGAGGCUGACGGUAGCUGUUUCAUUCAAUCGCUCUGUGCUGAGCUGAACGCCAACGGUAAUAAAAAAGAAUUGCUACAAAUGCUGACAAUUGUAUCGCGCAUGGUGGCAUACCACUUCAAAUAUUACUAUAAGUCUGCUGAUUCUAUGGAAAAAAUGUGUAGUAAGCAAAUGACUUGCUUCGAAUCAACGCUCACGAAACAACUGUAUUUGGCAUCAUAA